AUGGCAGACAAAAGGAAAACCAAAAAACGUAAAGAGGAGUUCGGAGAGGUGGCUGAGUCAGAAAAGGCCACGAGCGAAGAGUAUGCAGUUGCAAAAUGGCUUAAAGCCAAUGUUCCUACGAAAAAGACGAAAUUCCUGAACCACCAUGUGGAAUACUUUACCGGGACAAAAGCGGUGGACGCGCUUCUCACUUCAAAAUGGGCUACUGGCAAAAACCCAAUUUUUACCACAAGACAUGAAGUCACAGACUACCUGCACCAGAUGUUAUUGCACAAAUUAUUUCACCGAGCUAAAAAGGUUCCGGUUACAGAACAAGAAUUAAAGGGAAAAUCUAAAAAGAAAGACUUGGAAAAAUCAAGCAAAAGUGGAGAUGAGAAAGAUGGUGAGAAGAGUCAGGCCAGCGCUUGUGAAGGAAAGGACUCAAAAGAUACAAAAGAAAAAGAAAAAAAGAAGCGGAAAAUUCGCCUAGAGAUGCACAUGGAUCAAGUAUUUUUGGACACUCUUGACGCGUAUGUCUGGAUCUACGAUCCGAAACCCUGGUACUAUUGGCUGUGUGGUAUACUGGUAGUUGUUGGGACUAUCACCGUUUGUAUGUUCCCCUUGUGGCCAGCUACAGUGCGUAAAGGGGUUUAUUACCUGAGUAUCGCGGCCGCCGGUUUCCUUGUCACGAUCAUAGGUUUGACCGUGCUAAGAGUGGUGGUAUUCUGCCUCGUUUGGAUGCUGACCCUGUCAAGACACCAUCUCUGGCUACUCCCCAACCUCACUGAAGAUGUCGGAUUCUUCGCUUCAUUCUGGCCGCUGUAUAAAUACGAGUACCGCCCGGGUGCAGACUCGGACAAAUCGUCCAAGAAUAAGAAGAAACGGAAGAAAGACAAGUUGUCUGAUGAUGAGAGUGAGAAGACGCCAUUGCUGGAGGAGAAGGCGAGUGAGGAAGCCAGCGAGGGAACCAGCACUGCUCACACUGCCGUCACUACCAGUGACGAUGCUGCUAUUGACACCAAAUCUGAAUUAGAAACACCAACGCCUCCAGCAGACAAACAAUCGGAGUCCGAAUCUGAAAACAGUCAACGUUCCUCCACGGAUAGGGACUUUGAGAUAGUAGAGCCAGCAGAUCUAGAGCCAGACCGAGAUGAUAACGCGUAA